GUAAGGCAAUAAUGAGUUUCUAGGGAGAUAGCAGGAAGGAGAGGCUGAUACCUUUGCUUGUAAUUGGUGGCUUUUUCUUUUGCCUCUGCCAAAUAUGACUUGUGUUACACGGAGAUGCUUACAGAGACAGAAAGAAUUCAUUCUUGAUGGUGUGGCAGUGGAUACUAUUGCCAGCAGCUACACGAACAUCUUGCCCAAGCUGUGGUCUGCCUUGCCUCCUUACAAUGCUCAGCUGGACAUCCAUGCUGCCAGCUACUUCUCAUCCCCAGUGGUCAAAUCGGUGCUCAAAAGGACCGAACAGACCCGUGGAGGAACCUCUAGGGAUGGCUGGAUAGUGGAUUAUUUCCACAUCUAUGGUCCAGGGCAAAGAUACCUGAACAGAAGAAACUGGGCAGGAGCAGGUCAUUCUCCACAACAAGUUGCUGGUCAUCAUUACUAUCUGAUGGAGGUAAAGGCUGUGAAUGGGUACGGUGGCCGAUAUGGUUACCGCCGCAAUACUCCCGACCUCCGUACACGCUCCUCUUGCUUUGGUGAAGUCACGUGCCUCCCCAUCCACUGAAGAAACAGGACGUCCUCUGUCCCGUCCUCUGACUAUAUUGUUGACUCUUCUUUCCCCCCCCUGAUUUUUUUCUGAAAUAAUAAAAUACACUCAGUUUUCUUAUGUGAACAGUUAGUCGCAGGUGAUGAUGGGGAAAAGGUGGCGUUGACACAUGGUGAAAGUGGUCCUCUCCAUACAAUUUUUUAAAUGUGUGAAUUUGCUUGUAAAAGUUAUGCAUUUUGUUAGAUUGUAUCCCGCUGCAUUUAUUUCAGCCAUCCACACAAUAAACCUUCUAAGGAACCAGUGGUUUUCCAUCUUCAUCAGAACUCACAGAACAGAAUUUAAUUGGGGUUUUGGCUCGGCAAUCGAACUGGUUCAUACUCAGAUCAGUUUUGAUCUUCUGAAAUUUUUUUAAAAUCCUGAUUCUGUUUCCAGAAACAUUUUUGUUCCAUGUUAGCAAUUGGAGAUGUUAAUAUGAUCUCAUGGCAUCAGCUGAAGAACGAUGUCCUUCUGGAAACUAACGAGUCUUA